AUGCAGUCGCGCCGGCGAUUUUCAUUCCAGCAGUAUGCAGCAUACAAGCCAAUCGUGAUGAUGGACAGGGGGUAUGAAGCAAGUAUCGCACCCAUGCCGAUAAGGGAUAAAAAUCAGCGCAAUGACAGUGACUUUCUUCGUAUGGCCAGUGGUACCGGCGGUGGUGAUGCUGAGCGCAACGAGAUAAGUUCUAAGAGGUUGUGCGACAUUGCUUCUGGGGCAAAUACUUCAAGUGAGAAGCGUCGAGCGUUGAACAGUGUAGCCCUAUCCACUGAUAAUGAGCGGGGUGAAAUUCGAUUAUCAAGCAGGAAGAAACCGAUUACUGUAGUCGAUGAAAGGGAUCAUGAGUAUGUCCAGGGUGCUACGAAGAAGGUCGAGCCGUUGCAGAAGUAUCUGCAGGCAGCGCAGGCAGCGCAGGCUGAGGGCGAGGACCUCAAGGCUGCAAGGGACGAUUGGAAAGGCAAAGCUGGCAUUUCGACGUUUCAAGAAGCUGUCAAGGUCGUUGCUUCGAAAGAUGAGUUCACAGCGUACAAGGCGGGGCUGUCCAAGCAGAGGUUUAAUUCUCCUGUACUCCCGCCGCGAGAUCGCUAG